GAUGAUUAAAUUUGUGCAAGAAGUUGCCAAAAAGGACGGCGACCUGUAUCCACCGAAGACAUUAAACAGCAUUGUGUGUGGUAUAAACCGAUACCUGGAAGACAAGAACGACUACAACUUCAUGGAUAAGAGUGAUAAAAGAUUUUCCUUGCUAAGAAAAGUCAUGGACGCCGAAAUGAAAGAGUCCACAAAAAAAGGAUUUGGCCUUAAGAACACAAAACCACAACGAGAACCAGUUACAGCAGAAGAAGAGGAGAUACUUUGGUCUAAAGGACUGUUAGGGGGUAAUUGUGCUACUAGUUUAUUGCACACUAUUUAUUUCUAUAAUGGAAAAUUAUUUGGUCUAAGGGCGAAAGACCAUCGCAAUUUGCGAAUAGCUAAUUUCAGGAUUACUGAUAACAUAAUCACUUUUGACGAAAGUUUUAGCAAAACGUUUCACGGUGGCCUCAAAGAUCUAAAAAAUACACCAAGAGUAUCCACUCAUUUUUGCCACGAUUCAGGUAAAGAGCAUCCCAGGUGCUUAGUACAAUUGUAUAAGUUGUAUCUUGAAAAAAUCAAAAUUUUUGAUUCAGUAGUACAGGAUAAGGCUUUCUAUUUCUAUCCAAAUCGCGAUUUCAGUAAGUUUGAAUUUGAGCAAAGACCUCUAGGUGAAAAUAAGUUAAAUGGUAUUCUACCAGAUGAGCUUUGUGCUAAGGCCGGCCUGCCAAGGAAGACAGCACAUUCAUUAAGGAUAACCACUGCAACUAGGCUUUUUCAAAGUGGUAUUGAAGAGAAGCUUAUUAGAGAUCGAACGGGUCACAAAUCAGAUUCACUUUUCAAAUAUGAAAGAGUCUCAAAUCAACAGUUAAAGCAAGCGAGUUCAAUUUUAGGUCCUUGUAAUUCCGAGGCUAACGAUAGUACAAAUUACCCUUCAUUUGAGUUCAAUCUGUUUGAUACCUUAGGGGAUAAUGUUUUUGAUAAUGUAAUUUCUGAUGAAACAUUAUGCAGCAUUAAUUUAUCUGAUGAUGAUUUGAUGUUUAAUGAAGAUGUGGCAGAUGAAAUAUUAGCAGGCAUAGAUUACGAGAGUGCCACUACCAGUGUAACUCGGCCUACACCAAAAGUUAGUGAAGCUUGUACAGCUAGUCCACCUAAAUUAGUGUUUAGUAACUGCACUUUCACCAAUGUAACGUUUACUAAUUCAAAAUGAUUGAACAGUUAAGUAAUAACACAGAUGUAUUUAUCUAGCUUAAAGGUAAAACUUGAAAAUUAAAGACUAUAUGUUGCUUUGGCGUCUUGCAUUUGAUCUUGAUAAAGCAUUAAUGAAUAAAAUAUUAGUCCUUUAUCGUAAAUUGAUAAAGGACUAAUGUUUUAUUCAUUAAUGCUUUAUCAGCCCCGCACUCCCCUGAAAAUAUUCAAUGCCGCCCCCGACUUUUAGAAUGUUGCGCUUUUCUCUACUACUAAAAAUGUCGUCACGUGGUCGUAUAAUAGCAUAUCAUUGGCUUACAAUCCUAUGAAUUAUUAAUGAGUUUGAUAA